UGUCAAGCACAUAGGAGAAACGCCAUGUCUAUUUGGGGGCUAACACAAUAUACGCCACCUACCCUGCCUAGAUGCCUAGCCGCCUAGCGAGCACGUCAGAGCUAUAGAAACUCGCGUAUGUUUUGUGAUAAACUCAAUGGGGAAAAAGGUCUGGAGCGAGGGUUAUCGUUGAGUUAUCUCCGACCAUAAGAUGAUAACAUUGGCAUGAGCUUCCAAUUAAUAUAUAUAUUCACAAGCUCUCAUGCUGACCUAAGGGACGUCCCAAAGAGUUUGAGUUGUAUAAACUUAGCUUAUACUAGUUAUAUCAUCUAACAUAUUUAUUGCUUUUUACUCAACACCAGUCGCCAUGUCUGGGGGGUCAAUUGUCGCCAAGGAUGGCCUCAAUAUAGCUACUCCGACCUCCGUCACGGUCGUAAAUGAGGACGGCAUCCCGUCAAAUCCAGAUAAAAUCCCAUUCUUCAGGAGCACUCUAUUCCAGAUUCUUGUGGUAGGCAUAUGCGCCUUCUCCGCACCCGGAAUAUGGACUGCCAUGAACGGUCUCGGCGUAGGCGGAUCGCAGAGCCCGGACCUCGUCAACGCCGCCAAUGCGCUGCUCUACGCGUUCAUGACGGUGACCUGUUUUGGCGGGCCGUGGUUGACGAAUGCCAUUGGGUUCCGCUGGACUCUGUCUAUAGGGACUCUUGGGUAUCCCCUGUACGCGGCUGGGCUCUACGUCAAUAAUCGAUGGGGUAAUACGUGGCUUGUCUACGUCGGCGCCGUUACGUGCGGUAUCAGCGCGGGUUUCUUCUGGAGCGUGGAGGGUGCCGUCUCGACGGGAUAUCCUGAACAUCACAAGCGAGGCCGUUAUAUCGCGACGUGGUUUACGUUCCGCAACUUUGGGAAUAUUAUCGGGGGCGCCAUCUCGCUGGGUCUGAAUGUUAACGUGAAUCAACGCGGUCAAGUGGGAUACCAAACCUAUCUAGUUUUCAUCGCCAUCCAAUGCCUCGGGUGUCCACUUGCUCUUCUCCUUUCUAACCCCGAGAAGGUGCAGCGAGAUGAUGGAACUCGUAUCGAAGCGCCUAGGGGAAUUCAUUGGCGCACUGAACUCCGCGAGAUGUGGAGGUUGAUAAGGAGCAGUUCAAUCUUACUCUUGACGCCCCUUUUCUGGUACUUUGGUUGGGCCCAAGCAUAUCCGGGAACUUAUCUGGCAACAUACUUCACAGUUCGAUCGAGAGCCCUUGGCGGUUUCAUGUCCGCCAUCGUCGGCACUCUGGCGACUUGGUUAGGUGGCUCGCUGGUCGACGUUCACUGGACGAAGAAGAGGCAGACUCGAGCUAUUAGUACAUACGUCCUGAUCGCACUGCUUAAUAGUGCGACAUGGAUCUGGGCAGUGUAUAUCCAGAACGAAUAUCGACACACGCUCCCUAUCCUGGACUGGGGCAACCAAGCCGAGUUCGGCCGUGGCUUCGGCGUUUACAUGUUUGAGCGUCUCAGCGCCGGAAUGGUCGAGAAUUACAUCUAUUGGUGUAUCAGCAACUUAUCGGAUUCUCCGGGCGACCAGAUCAGAUAUAGCUCCUUGCUUCGGGGGAUCGAAACAGCUGGUCUCGCCGUAGGGUUCGGUAUCCAGGCCGUCCCAACAGCGCUUAUUGUUACGGCCAGCAUUAACCUUGCGCUCUGGUUCAUUGCGUUGCCGUUUAGUUAUUAUGCUACUUUGAGGGUGGUAAAGAAGUUCAACGAGUUGGAUAAGAAGCGCGAUGAGAUUGUUGACGUUGAGACAACACAAGCGUGAUAUUUGAGAGUAUAGGUAUAAAAUCAUAGCUUGUGUUACCUAGGUCAAUUAUCUUUUCGUAUAUUGAAGCUAUUUAGAGCCUUGCUGUCGGUAUCACGGCGCGCUGCGUACAUCAAUUUAGGUCCAUA